AUGAGGGUGAAUUGUCUCAUAAUCACUGUUUUACAGUAUGUGAUGAUGUUCUCUCUAACGAAGGCAGUACAUAUUGACACCAGUGUCGCCACUUUCUAUGAAGACAUACAUAAUAAAUACCUGGUAAUGGUAUAUAGUAACACUUGUUAUUUGUGGCAUCUUAAUGGAGUCGACGCUGUACACUUUGGAUUCUGGAGCUACCAGGCAACCUUGGAGCAAAGACUUAUCCAGGCUGUUGAGCAAGGUGUGUCAUUGUCACCAGUGCCAAUUCCAGAUCCAACACAAAUCUCAGUUGUCAUUCACAAUGCCUGUCAAUACUUCCAAACCUAUCGCGUGAACGUGAUGUAG